UGGCUACCAGUGCUUCUUUUUGAGUUUUCUCUGAGAUUAGAACCAGUAAGUAGUACCAUUUGUUACAGAUGUUUCUAUUGCAUUGAGGCAAGCCUUGACAAUUUCUGUAAUCUAUGUCAUCCUGUCUCAUACUGUCCCAUCUCAUAGUUGUCCUCUCUCUGCAGUGCUCUAUGCCCAGGUCUCUGUGGCUGGGCUGCUCCAGCCUGGCGGACAGCAUGCCUUCGCUGCGAUGCCUGUAUAACCCAGGGACUGGCGCACUCACAGCUUUCCAGAAUUCCUCAGAGAGAGAAGACUGUAAUAAUGGCGAACCCCCUAGGAAGAUAAUACCAGAGAAGAAUUCACUUAGACAGACUUACAAUAGCUGUGCCAGACUCUGCUUAAACCAAGAAACAGUAUGUCUCGCAAGCACCGCUAUGAAGACUGAAAAUUGUGUGGCCAAGACAAAACUUGCCAAUGGCACUUCCAGUAUGAUUGUACCCAAGCAGCGGAAACUCUCAGCAAGCUAUGAGAAGGAAAAGGAACUUUGUGUAAAGUAUUUUGAGCAGUGGUCAGAGUCCGAUCAAGUGGAAUUUGUGGAACAUCUUAUAUCCCAAAUGUGUCACUACCAACAUGGGCACAUAAACUCGUAUCUGAAACCUAUGUUGCAAAGAGAUUUUAUAACUGCUUUGCCAGCUCGGGGUUUGGAUCAUAUUGCUGAGAAUAUUCUGUCAUACCUGGAUGCCAAAUCAUUAUGUGCUGCUGAACUUGUGUGCAAGGAGUGGUACCGAGUGACAUCUGACGGCAUGUUAUGGAAGAAACUCAUCGAGAGAAUGGUCCGGACAGAUUCGCUGUGGAGAGGCCUGGCAGAACGGAGAGGGUGGGGACAGUAUUUAUUCAAAAACAAGCCUCCCGAUGGAAACGCGCCUCCCAACUCUUUUUACAGAGCACUUUAUCCUAAAAUUAUACAAGACAUUGAGACAAUAGAAUCUAAUUGGAGAUGUGGAAGACAUAGUUUACAGAGAAUUCACUGCCGGAGUGAAACAAGCAAAGGAGUUUACUGUUUACAGUAUGAUGAUCAGAAAAUAGUAAGCGGCCUUCGAGACAACACAAUCAAGAUAUGGGAUAAAAGCACACUGGAAUGCAAACGAAUUCUCACGGGCCACACUGGUUCCGUCCUGUGUCUCCAGUAUGACGAGAGGGUGAUCAUAACUGGGUCAUCGGAUUCCACAGUCAGAGUGUGGGAUGUGAAUACAGGCGAGAUGCUCAACACACUGAUUCACCAUUGUGAAGCUGUGCUGCACUUGCGUUUCAAUAACGGCAUGAUGGUGACCUGCUCCAAAGAUCGCUCCAUCGCUGUGUGGGACAUGGCAUCCCCAACGGACAUCACCCUCCGGAGGGUGCUGGUUGGGCACCGAGCUGCUGUCAAUGUUGUUGAUUUUGAUGACAAGUACAUUGUUUCUGCAUCAGGGGACAGAACUAUAAAGGUGUGGAACACAAGUACCUGUGAAUUUGUGAGGACUUUAAAUGGACACAAACGAGGCAUCGCCUGUUUGCAGUACAGAGACCGGCUGGUGGUGAGCGGCUCAUCUGACAACACUAUCAGAUUGUGGGAUAUAGAAUGCGGUGCGUGUCUGCGGGUGUUGGAAGGCCACGAGGAACUGGUGCGCUGUAUUCGCUUUGAUAACAAGAGAAUAGUCAGCGGGGCCUAUGAUGGAAAAAUUAAAGUGUGGGAUCUGGUAGCUGCUUUAGACCCCCGAGCUCCUGCAGGAACGCUUUGUCUGCGGACCCUUGUGGAGCAUUCUGGAAGAGUCUUCCGACUCCAGUUUGAUGAAUUCCAGAUUGUCAGUAGUUCACAUGAUGACACGAUCCUCAUCUGGGACUUCCUAAACGAUCCAGCUGCCCAAGCAGAACCACCUCGUUCCCCUUCUCGAACAUACACCUACAUCUCCAGAUAAAUAUGCAUACACUGACCUCGUACUUACCCAGGAUUCAUUAAAGUUGCGGUAUUUAACAUAUCUGCCAAUACCAGGACGAGCGACAACAGUAAAAUCAAACUAUUACCCAGUUUCCCGGACUAGCCGAGAGUGGGGCAGUGAGGCUGCUGCUGGGACACAGCUGGUCUGCAGUCGGCCCAGGACAGACUCCUCAGCGCGGCCACCUGCUUCAAUGCUGCUAUUGGAAGACGUUUUUCAUUUGUGAAUGAACUUUUCAACCUCCCGCCCCUCCUCCUUUACCCUGCACCUGUGGUGGUUUUUUUUUUUUUUUUUUCAUUUGGUUCCAGACAAAGAUGACUUAUAAAUAUAUUUAGUGUUUUGCCAGAAUCUCUCUUGCUUUGCCAUUAAGCAGAACUAAUUGCCCUAUAUAACCUAUUGGGAGUGACACAUUUCCUAGGGACUUGGGGGUGCAGGCAGACAGCACCCAGUGCCUCCCAGUUAACAGUGCAGCCCAGCCCCACAGCUCUGAGGACAUGGAGCUCUGGGUGUAGCCUCCAGGCAAAUAGAAGACAAGAAUGCAUACACUGGAAGAUCGGGGCCUGCAGCCUCCCUUCUCUUUCUCCACUUCUGUCCCUCCUCGCUUCUCCCCACCACCUCUAGCACUUUCCACCUGUUCCUCUCCAUCCAAGAAGAGAGUGUGUGAAGUGUCCUCGGCUGGAAGGCACCCACUCACCUAGAAAACGCCGCUGCUGCAAGAGCUCGGGGCUCACACUUGGCAAUGUAGACGUUGCUGCAGGUGACCCUGCGCUGGCUCUGGAUUCUCCUCCGAGAUGCUAUUGCUAUCUUUGCAACUCUCUUCUCUUCUUUCCUCAACCCAAAAAGGAGGGGGCCUAAGGGCCAGCACUUGCUGGGCUUCAUCAAUGGCUGCAUCUUUCUGGACUCAGCAGUCUCCUCGAUUCCAUGUAGAGUGUGGAAAGGAGAUGCUGAUUGCAUUUCCUCUCAUUACCAAUUAGAUGUGUAAUAAAAAGUGUUGUGCUUCAUCUUAAAUCACUGGUAAGGCUCAGCCCACAGAAAGGUCUGAAAUGACUAGAGCCAGGCGUUCAGUGCAUCUUGCACAUUGGUUCCCAUCUCUGAUUGCCUCAUCACACCUUAUGAGCAUCCAGGCCCCCGAUUUUGGUGGAUUCACUGAAGAGAUGGUCAGAAGUAAAAGCUGGCUUCUUGGGCAUUUAGGCCAAUAAAUAUCAUCUCUAAAAAUGAAUGUGACCUGCACCUUGCUCUGUAGAGCCUGCCUUCUGCUUCUCCCAAGCCUGGUGUUUGCAAAAGGGCAGAGCUGGCAGAGAGAGGAUCAGGGUGAAGUUUGGCAUACAGGGUUUAUUGAUGAGACAGAAGCUGCCUUCUCCUUCGUUUCUCCUUUUUCCUGGCCUUAACUUGUUCUCUGCUUUCCCCAGCCCGUAAUAUCUCUGGCCAUCUGAACAACAUAAAUAAAUGUACCCAGCAAGGGCCAGGCUGACCUGGCCAAGGCAGCUUAUGGGUGGUGUGGCCACACCUGUCAGAGGCUCAGAGAUCACAGGGCAGUCUUGAGUUUCCUUUGAAAAUUGGGCUGUGAGGCCCAUUAUUCCCAUUCUUCAUGUAGUUGAGUUUAAGAAAGCUAUGUUUUAGCCAGCUGGUGUAAAACAGCAAAAGCAAGAGCCAAUUCCAAGCAGCCUACAACCAGGCACCGUUUAGUUUCAAGAGGGAGGAGGAAAGAAGCAUCUUAACUCUCCUCUCUGAUUUGUAGAGAGGUAUCUUUCCAGACUGGAUUUUGUUACCGUGUAGUGACAGGUCAUGCACAUGUGGGUUUUUUGUUUUGGUUAGGUUAGGUUUGGUUUGUUUUUGUUUUUAUUUUGGCGAUGUUUUUGUUGUUGUUUGCUUUUGUUUUGUUUUCUGAUUUAUGAAGACUUUGAGUUUAUAGAUCUAAGUUCUCUUCAGAAAGUGUUUCCCGGUAAUGAAAGCUGUUGUCUGGAAAAUAUGUUCUCAAUCUUAAUUCCCUUUCCAGCUAGCCAAAUGCUGCGGAGAAUUGUUUCUGCUUAGCCACAGACAGGGUUCUUGCAUGUUAUUUUGACUCUUCAUGGCAUUUUGAUUAGCUAAGCAUUCUGCUACAGCUGAAGGUAAGAGGACCCUCAGACCCAGAAAACACAAAGGCUAGGCAUUCAAGAGGGAUGGUUCUUAGGCCGUUUGAAAAUAGUCAGUAGCCAUAACUUCACUAGCCUGUGUUAACGCGCUGUGCUGGAAAGUGAAUACGCAGAGAUGGCCAUUGUUGUCCUGGACUAUGCCCUGCCCUUUGGGUUCAAGUGCAGAGGCCAGAGGCUCUAACUGUUGUGUGGCUGACACACGCGCCCCAGGUGGACCCUGCAGGCAUGGACCCUUCAGCUCAGUUGCAGUUAUUCUCAAAUUGUCUUCUCUGACACUGAAGGGAAUAGGAGUGAAGUGAAGUAGUCUGAAAAAGACUUCUCAGCUCUGAGGGUCAUUUACCAGUUCAUUGUAGAAGAAAUAAUCAGGUAAGUAGAAGUUCAUUUCCAGAGAAGGUAAACCCCACUUACUAUCUCUGCAUGAUUUCAGGGGGAAUUGAUUAUCACUAAUCCCCAACUGGGCAAGAAUAAAUUGCAAAGUUUGACCUUUUUAAAAAGAAAGUGAAACAAAGAGAGUCUCAAAACAUUCAGAGAAAUGGUCAGAAAGGAGCCAGAGAACCCUUGGCUCUGAAGUGAAAAUGUCCCGGUUGGAGAUUAAUUUCUCUUCAGUAGAUCCUGAAAAUGGCCUUUGCUGAGGUUGGGCAGGGCCCCUUGCAAAGGCAGGUGCACCUGUGAGGAGCAUGAUGUGCCUGCCAACUUCCCCCUGGGGCUGCUUGGGCACUGACAGCAUCCCUGCUUCACCUGUGUAUGUCACUGCUAAGCAUAUUCUCUUACCUUCUCUGUGCAGUUUGCAAGUGGACAUGAAUUAUGAAUGGGAGAGCUUUACCCUUUCCCUUGGUGAAUUUAAGAUGUUUCCUAAUUUCAGAAACAGGGACACUCUUUGGAGUUUUCUUUUGACAAAUCAUAAAUGUAACCUUCAUUACUUGUUUCUUAGUUAGAAAAGACACUGA